UGGCAAUGGUGCUGGAGGAGGUCCAGUUAUCGAUAAGCCGGAACGUAAACGGAGCUGACCUGCUGUAUAGCCUGCUCAAUGCCCCCUGGCUACAGUCACUGCUGAAGGUAUAUGUGUGUCUGCAGCAGUACCUGGCAAGGAGCCCCACACCUUUCCUACCUUCUGCAUCUACACUCUCACAAGAGGUUGUCUCUGACCUCAGAACAGCCUCCCCCUCUCCUGAAGUGAAAGAACUCCACACACUGCUGAGAAACCCACACAUGCAGGCUUUGCUUUCUGCUCAUGAUACGGUGGCCCAGAAGGACUAUGAACCGAUCCUGCCACCCCUGCCUGACAACCUACCAGAUGAGGAGGAGGCAAUGAGGAUCGUGUGCCUGGUGAAGAACAAGCAGACGCUGGGUGCUACAAUAAAGAGGAAUGAGGUAACUGGAGAUAUCGUGGUUGCCCGGGUGAUGCAUGGAGGCCUAGCGGAUCACAGUGGGCUGCUGUACGCCGGUGAUAAGCUGGUGGAGGUGAAUGGAGUUGCUGUGCACGGGCUGGACCCCGAACAAGUCAUCCAGGUUCUGGCCCGGUCUGCUGACAAGAUUGUGUUCAAACUGGUUCCCAUCUCUGACAGGCCAGUCAACAGCCAGACAACACUGUAUGUACGAGCCAUGACUAACUACUGCCCCCAGCAGGACCCUGCCAUCCCCUGCGCCGACGCCGGCAUGUCGUUCCAAAAGGGAGACAUCCUGGAAAUCGUGGACCAGACUGACGCCCUCUGGUGGCAGGCGAGGAAAUUACCCAACACAUCCACGUGUGCAGGCCUGAUCCCCUCUAGCAAUCUCCUCAAGAGAAAACAGAUAGAAAUCUGGUGGUCACAGCCCUUACAGUCCCAUGACUGCAUCAAAAGUACAAUAUUGAGUACUGUGGAAGAAGAGGAGGACAUGAUAACAAUUGAUGAGAGAUGUGUUGAAACAGAAGAGGUUGAAUUUAAUGGAUACAAUCGAGGCUUUUAUGUAGCUGGUUUCCGCAGAAGCAUGCGUCUGUGCCGCAGGAAGUCCCAGGGCUCCCAGCAGUCCUGCUCCAGCUCUGUAGCCUCCCCCUACGAGGAAGUGGUGAGAUACCAGCGCCACCCAGAGGACGGACACCACCUCAUUGUGCUUGUUGGUUCUUCUGGAGUUGGGGUGAAUGAGUUGCGGAAAAGACUUAUUGAAAUCAACCCCAAAAUUGUCCAAGGCCCAGUCCCACAUACUACUCGUCCUUCUAAGAGCUAUGAAGAGGCUGGGAGAGAGUAUCACUUCGUAUCCAAGGAAACAUUUGAACAGAUGGUUUACAAUCACAGGUUCCUAGAAUAUGGAGAAUAUAAGAAACAUUUGUAUGGUACCAGCAUUGAAUCGGUAAAUGCUGUUCUACAGAGUGGGAAAAUCUGUAUCGUUGACAUGGAACCACAAGGAAUCCAAGGUGUGAGAACACAUGAGCUCAAGCCAUUUAUUAUAUUCAUCAAACCACCCAGCAACAAUCGAAUGAGAGAGACUAGAAAGAAUGCACAAAUCAUCACAGAAUAUUACAUCAACCGACCUUUUAAAGAUGAAGACUUCCAGGAGAUUGAGGAGAACACAAAGAAGAUGGAAGCCCAAUACAGACAGUUUUUUGACCAUGUGAUAGUGAACGAGAAUCUCCAGGACUCAUGUGUGCAGCUGCUCAGCACAGUGAGGAGAGCUCAGGAUGAGCCCCAGUGGGUUCCAACUACCUGGCUAAGGCCAGCCACCCAGUCCUAGAAGCACCGGAGCUCCACAACAGAGCCAGGAGACAGCAGGCAACCACGCUCUGCACAACAGCUUGAAGAGAACUGUCUCAAGCUGGGAGAUGUAUAAAUGUUCAGGGCUGUGCAAGCAAAGUGUGUGCUCAUAUAAUCUGGCAAGACAACACAGUAUAUCUUUUGAUUUAUUUUUGAGCAACACCAGAUCAUUAAUGGGAUAUUACUUUUUCUGUGGUCUGAGUCCCUAAAUUGAAAUUAACCUUAUGACAUGUGUUUGUUACUAGUUUUGUAACAUUGGGGUUUGUUUUAGUAUAUAAAGGUGGUGUAUUGUAGACAGGUGCAAGGGUGAUUCAGUGUGUGAAUAAAGCAGACAGAGAUAAUUGUAAUCUACUUUUAGAAAUGUUUUUAU